AUGGCCCCCGUCUCCAACGCCUUCAUCUAUCUGACGGCUCUCUUCCGGCCUACCCUUUUGCGGCCACAUCUUCGCGUGCCGAGUAUCGCCAAUGUGGAUUUUCAGGCUCUGAAGAGAGAAGGAUAUAAUGCGGUCGUGAUAGACAAGGACAAUUGUCUGGCAAGUCUAACACUACCCAACAAGGACUACAUCUGGCAACCAUACGAGACUGCUUGGAAAGAUCUCUUGGCUACUUUUGACCGUGGACGCGUUCUUGUGGUUUCAAAUUCGGCUGGUACAUCAAAGGAUCCAGGAGGCAUAGCUGCUGAAGCCGUUUCCCUUCAUCUCCGCGCCCCCGUCCUCUUACAUGCCACGCCCAAACCCGGCUGUUCCAAAAACAUCCUCUCCUACUUUGACGGCAAACUCGGCAAGCCGCACACCCUGCGGCAUGAUAUCGCUUCCGCUGGUUUGAAGUUGCUGGAGGAGGAGAAGCUGGAUGAGGCCAUAGUGUGGGAAAGGCUGGCGAAACAGCUCGAAGGGCCGUUGUUAGGUGCCGCCCCGACGAACGGGCACGAGGAGAAGAGUGAAGGGAAGAAGGUGGUAGAAGGAGGGGUGGAUGGCUUCAAAACCUCUCCGUCCCAGGAGAGCAUACAACCUCAGAUAGUCAAGCAGACGCCGUCACCAGAGGAACUGCGGAUACUCGUGAUAGGCGACAGGCUCUUCACAGACACUCUCCUCGCCGACCGACUCUCCCGUCGGCUGCGCCCAUCUUCCAGCAAAGACACGAUACCCCAUCCUCUCCCCAGAGUCCUCUCGAUCUACACCACAUCCCUUCCCAAACCUCAAGAUGUGAGGCCCCUCAGAUGGCUCGAGGAGAAACUCUCCAAAGGUCAAACGCAAGGAGACUUUAGCCGCUUCAUCCUAUCCGAGAAAGUGAAUACUGCAGCUUUAGACGUUUCAGAAGCUAUCAAGCCUUCAAGGCUGGCAGCGCUGAGAUGGCUGACGCCUGCGAAGUGGAGAGAGAUCGAGGUGCCGCCUAUGACUUGGCAUCCUCGGACUUGGAAGCUCGUGCCAGUAGCAGCUGCCUUCGGUGGGCUGACGGGGACCGUGGCGAGGAUUCUGUGGACGCAAGGAAAGCGAGGAGCAAGUCUCACGUGGACCAAAGCGAGAAGAUGGGUGGCGCAGAGGAAAGAAGACAGGGAGAGUUUGGAGGUCGCAAAGGAACUUGAGACGUCGACGGCAAGCCGGGUAUCUGCAGCAAGAGAAGAGAAAGUAGCACCUACCGCUUCGUCAUAG